AUGCUUCCCCGCGCAGGGCCAUCGCGCCUCGCCCACGGCCUCGCACGCAGCAUACACACUACGGCCGUAGCGCGUGCCGGUGCCCCCGUGCGCAACAACUUCGGGCUGCGUCCCGACGCCGCGCCGCGCCCUCGUACGAGCGAGGACCUCGACCUCCGGCGUCGCCGGCGCCCGACGUUCGGGCUGCGCGAUAGCGCCCGCGAUGGCGAGGACAGCCCGCGCAGGACGUUCCGCCCGCGUGAUGACGCCCGCGACGUCGAGGACGGCCCGCGCAGGACGUUCCGCCCGCGUGAUUCCCCGGACGAAUACAGGCCACCGCGCCAGACCUUCGGCCUGCGUUCGGCCCGUGACGACCCGCCUCGCGACGCCGAGUCCAGCUUCACCCCCACGCCAGGACCACGGCGCGCCUCGUUCCCCUCGCGUCCGCCGAGAAUAUCCCAGGCGGACGCGGCGCGUGCCGGCGCCGAGCGGGCACGCAAGUGGCGGUCGGCGCCACGCGACCGUCGUGACUCGUUGCUGCCUCGGGGCACGGCGCCCGGCGCGGACAAGACGGACACGACGGCUGAGUGGGUCGGGACGGCGUACACGGCGUCUCCUCACCCCGCCCGCCCGCGAGGGCCGAGGGAACAGGACGGCGCUGAGCCAGCUGCCGAGGGUACGACGCCUGUGACGCCGCCGAGCCCAGCAGCGGCGGAGAAAGCCAAAACCCGCUGGAACCCCACCAAGAAGCUCACGUUCCCCGCCAUGGCGGGCAUCCGCGAGCUGCACGCCCAGGACCCGGCGACGUUCACGCGCGAGAUGCUCGCGGAGAAGUUUGGCGUGAGCUGGGAGGCGAUCAACCGCAUCCUCAAGAGCAACAACUGGCGCGAGAAGGAGGCGAAGAAGGAGCUGGGCAAGUGGGACCGCGGGGCGGAUGGCGGGCUCGGGCCCGUGCCCAUGAUUCGCGAGGUGUUUGCGAGGGCUGGGGCCGUGAAGGGAAAGGAGAAGGAGGAGGCUGGGACGGGGGAUAAGGGAGGGAGGGGAGGCAACAAGUAG